CAGACAUCCGGCUGCUCCAAUUUUUUCGGUGCCGACAACGUCCAAAAGCAGCCCGCUCCCAUUCUUUGGGGGAGCGUCGGAUCUCUGGGAUGCCCGCUGCCGCAGCUAGCUCAGGGCUUCUUCGCAGGCCCCCGCCAAUCACCACCCACCAAACCGUAGUCAGCCAAGGGUCGCGCCGUCCUCGCGCGUCGUGCGGGCCCCCUCCCGCCGCCAUGUCGCGCGGCGCGCCCCGCCACGGUGCCGUCCACGGUGGCCGUCACGCCGCCAUGAGCGCCUUCGCCUCCAUGGACCUUAACGGCGACGGCGUGGUUACCCAGGAGGAGUUCUGCGCGGCGCAGCGCAGGAUGGCCGCGCAGCACCCCGGCGGGAGGCCCGCGGGGGGCCCGGAGUGGCUGGCCGCCCCGCCCGCGGUGCAGGCCAUGCGGGGCGUCUCGCGCAUCGAGGUCCAGGAGAAGGUGAACGCGAUCGAGGCCGGCGCGGCGCUGCUGGGGCAGGAGGUCGAGAUGCCCAACAGGUACGCUGUCAUCGACGGCGCCACCCACCAGCAGGUGUUCUUCGCGGUGGAGCAGACGGGCUUCGUGCAACGGCAGCUCAAGCAGUGCUUCGGGGAUUGCACGCCCUGGAAUUUGGACAUAUUCUACACUGGGCGGGGGGCACCGCAGAAGGCGU